GCCCACCGAGAGUUUUUGUUUUCGUCUCGCGUGACAACGCGUGACUUCAACCGCCAAGUUUGAAAGUUAAAAGUUUGUAUUCUCCGAGUGUUUGUGUGAAGGUGGAGAAGUAGAAGACGGAAGUGUUUCAAGUUUACGCUCAGCACAGCAGAUUGUCGAGAUUUGGAAUUUCUUAAAGUUCUUUCAAGAUUUAUUUUUGAAAUGGACGAAGACACUCAGAAACUGAUUGAAAGAGCCAGACAGAGGCGAGAGAUGUUGAAUCAACGGACAUCGGGGAUGCCAGAGGCUGCUCCUCGCAAGCGCAGAACCCCAGUUUUGGAGAAUGAUGGCUCUGAGAAAGUUUUGUCUGAAAAACAGUUGAACCAAGAUGAUUUUGCAGGACCACUUUAUGAUUCUCCCAAGCGUCAGUGUUUGAGGGAAGAAGAGCUGCAGCUGAAGCCUGAUACUCCUGCUGUCCGAGGGGUUCAAGCCAGAGCUCAAGAUCUUCAGAGUGAGAACAAAAUUGUGAAUGAUUCUCCUGUGCCAAUACCUCGGAAAAGUAUAUCGACACCUCCAGCAGAAAGAAGAGUGCUUUCACCAGCUAAAACUUCACCUGCAAAAGCUCUUGAUUCGACUAAUCUGGGAUCUACAAGAAAGAAUAGAUUUGCAGCACUGGCCCAGAACAUUAACAAUUGGGAGGAUGACAUGAGCCAUCAUGUUGUUCAUAAAGAGGAGGAAAAAAAGCCAAGGUGGCAGCCACCAUCAGCUAAAAAAGAAUCCAUGGCAAGUGAACAAAAGCUGCCAGCGUCCUCGGGGAAGAGUCGAGCUCCACAGCCAAUUAUGGUGCAACAGAAAGUUGCUUCUUCAGCACCUUCUUCAGGAAAGCCGUCUGCUGUUGGCUCACCCAAGAAAACCCACGCUCCUCCAACUCCCCGGAGCCCAAUGAAGUCUACAGUUGCUUCGGUUUCUUCACCCACUUCGUCAGCUCCUGGGUUUGCAAGGAAUUCACCAUUAAGAGGAUCUAAGGUGGAAUGGAACCGUUCCCCUAAACCAUUCUCACCCUCAUAUGCCUGCCAGUCAAAUGUAUCUGAGAGCAAAUCAGAAGAAUCUUUGCCAAUCAAUGAAAAGACUAAUAAGGUGGAAUGGGGUCACACCCCGGGGAAGUCAGCGUCUGAGACGGCUGUCCUGUCAAAGCAUGCUGCUACGACUCCAUCUGCAAGCAUCUCACGGACCAACCCAACUGAUCUGCCUGUUAAUGCCCCGGGUUUGAAUGAAACCCCGCCUUCAGAUACUGACUCAAUUAACACUCAAGAUGAACCGACUCAGAAGCCAGUAUCUCAAAGAUUUUCGUCCUGGGAACAGAAAACUGCAACCCCUAUGCCUGCAGGAAGACAAGAACCUUCAAUGAGACCAUUAUCUGCAAAGCUUGCCUCAUUUGAAAAGAAAAUCACAGAAAAUACACCAAAGAUUGGAAUGACAAAGUCUACGCAUGUUCCCAAGACUCCAAAGCAGGUUUGCACCCCAGCGCUAUCUGCAUCAACUCCAGCUGCCAGCAGAAGCAAGAACUUUGACCCUUCGGAGCUGCCUGUGUCCCAGCGCAUGUCUCAAAUGCAGGAAAAGCUGGCUCAUGUGACAACCCCCAGGUCCCAACGCAAGGACAGCGAGCCCACUGCCUUCUCUGUUGGUGCUCGCAUGUCCGCCUGGGAGACCAUGACGUCCUCUAAUCAAGUUAGCGAUAUCAAAAAGGUCAACCCAGCUGAUGCCACUCCCAAAAGCAAGGCCAAAGUUGCAGGUACUACUGCAACCCCCAGACCCAACGCUCCUGUGUAUUCACAGCCUGCACCUUCGAACCCUCCCCCUCCUCCAGCUACACCCAAAGGCUUGACCCCAGGCAAAAGCUUUAAGGAAAGCAUUCAGGACAAAGCUUCUGAAGUUUGGGCAAGGAAAGGUGUGGCAGUAACCAGUACCUCUCCCAGCAAGUCGUGUCCUGAGAAAACUCAGACUCCGGCGAAGAGAGGAACAUCCCCUACUAAAAUUCAUUCACCGACCAAGGUAAGCACAGGCACCAAAAUAGUCCAGCAGCGACUUGCAGAAGUCACACAUGACAGCAGUACUAGUUGCAGUGCUUUGGCUGCCCAGAGCAGGGCUGCUCGCUUGGCUGAACUGGAGGCUAUUCAAGGUCGCUGGAAGAAUGGGGUUUUGAAGGAGGACUCCUCUUCUUCUACUGUUGCUAAAACUGAUGAGUCAUCAAGUCGCACUGCAGAUAAGGAGACCCUGCCGAAACAGACUAGCGAACAGAAAACUCCAGGGGGAAAGAGAGAGGAAUCACGCAACAAAGCCAGAGAAGAAUUCAACAGCAAAUUAGCAGAAAUUGACAUGGCUAGUGACAGCUUGGUGACCUCAGAGAAAAAGACUCCUGUACGGCCCCCUCCUCCUCUGAUGUCAUCGGCGUCUAAAUCCACUCCUUGUGGCUCAGCAUCAAGCAGUCACACUGGGAGCAUAUACAGCUUGAUCAAGAAAAGGGAUGAGUCAAAGAAAGAGACUGCUAGUGUUGCAACGGACAAAAUGAAGCAAAACAAUAGCUUUGAUGAUAGUGAUGAAGAGACACAGCAAAAGAUACCUCGCACAGCAGGUUUGAGGGCAGCGAAACAGAAUUCUCAAGAGAAAGAAGUUGAAUUUAAGAAACCAGAGCCUCCUGUUGUUUCUGUUGAAGAUACAGAUACUGAUGCGGCCAGCAGUUCUGAAGUUGGAGAUGAAGAAUUUGGAUCUAGUGACAAGCUUCCAAUGGAGAUUGAUGAUGAUGACAUCAGUUUGAAAGGUUUUGUAUCUGAGGCUACGCGAAGAGAAAGUAUUCUUCCACCUUCUAUGCAGCGCAGAGCAAACAGCCACUCGAGUCUGGACAGUUAUGAUGACGAUGAUGGCAAAAGAGGAGAGAGGAGACGCAAUGUUGCAGGCCCGUCCUCUCAAGCAGGUGGCUACCAGCCUGAUGAUGAUGACAGCAUGUAUGAUGACGAUGAUGAUCGCAAUGCUGUAGAUGACUUGCUGGAUGAAGCUAUGGAUGACAGUGAGGAGUAUGACCCGGAUAUGGAUCCUAGGAAUGUUGUCAUGAGGAGGAAGCCAUCCGAAACACCGUCAGAUGACUAUGAUCCGGAUAUGGAUGAAAACAAUGUGGUCCUACGGCGAAAACCUCAGCCUGUUCCCGCUCAACGCCAUCAGUUGAAUGUGAAUUCUACUGAUGAUGAUGAGGAAGACGACCGACCAUAUAGCCUUCAAGCAUACAGAAAAAGCGCGAAUGUGCAUUUGCAAAUGAUGGAGCCCGUUGUUCGAGCUAGUAGGUAUGCAGGACGCCAGGUGGAAGAGGAAGAAAUUGAAAUGCCCACAUCAUCUAGGCCACAGCGUGAUGACCGGAGGCUGGUGCAGGAGCGCAUCAAGGAGCUUCAAGAGCUGGUUCAACAAGAACAAAAUGUCAUAAUGCAGACAAGCAAUGCCUUAAACAAGUGUUGCCUUGGGAAUUCUUAUUUUGCGGGCUCAGCUGAACAGGUGGAAUGCAACAGAGUCCUUCUCAUUGCCUGUCAAAAGCGCCAAUGUUACAUGACAGAGAUCCAAAGGCUCAAGGACAGUGGGGUCCUUCAUCCCGAGGGUCCCGGCCCUCAAGGCUCCCUUACCAUCAGUGACAUCAGGUUGCCGCUGAAAAAAGAAUUUGUCACUAAAAUUGGCACAUCACAAGAUAACACCACACACUACUUCAUCCUGCUGAUAAGAAACAACUGCCAAGUGAUCUGCACUCAGAUGCUGUCCACUCACGAUCCCAUGAUGAGAGGAAGCUUGGAUUUCCCCAAUCUGAUCAAAAUAAAUGGAAUCACUGGCAAUUUCAAGCUCACUUUGGACAUAUACAGCAUGAGCAUUUCAAAGGAAUUCAGCAAGGACAAAAAGAAGAAGACUCCAAAGAAGGGAAAAGGCUAUGCCAUGUCUUUGGAAAGUCCAGGAGGCCCAACAGCUGUCAGAACCACAAGUUUCAGCCAUGUCACGUCUCUGCACCUCACCAUGAAAUGUCUGGACAAGUCAUCUUUCCACUUGGACAGAUUGCCGUACUUGUCGCCGCUGUAUGGACAGAUUUUCAUGCGCUUGAAGUGCUUGAUGGAGUCUAACGUUGAAGAGAGGGGAUUCCUCACCAUGUUUGAUGACGUCAGUGGAUUUGGUGCAUGGCAUCGCCGCUGGUGUGUUCUGUCUGGGAACAAGCUGUGUAUCUGGAAGUACCCGGACGAUGAGACAAGAAAGGACCCUAUGUUCCUCAUCGACCUGAAACGCUGCAUAACAGAGAAAGUGGGUCUGGUGUCCCGUGAUGUGUGCGCCCGUCCGAACACCUUUGAAAUGGUCACUGUGAGGCAGCCUCUGAAGGGAGAGCACGACACCCUGGUCACAAAGACACACAACACUAUGACCACAGUCAGACAUCAAGUGUCUGCCGAUUCUAAAGAAGAGCGCAUUGUGUGGUGCAAUAAGCUCAACAGGGCUCUUGCUAACUUACGGACAUGGCACGCCGAUGCCCUGAAGCCAGUUAAACAGCAGCCAACUUCUCGUCGCUGAGUCGAUGAUCCUUGUCACCCCCUGUGCCUUUGGUAUAUUGUGAAGAUUUUAAUGCCUGCAUAUUUUUACAGCUAGAUGAGAGCCUUUGGUACUUGUGCCUUUCAGGAUCAGACAGAUAUUGUUUGCUGAACCUCUACAGAUUUGAUAUCUUUUUAUUUUAAUAAUGUUGAAGGUCAAAAAUGUUUCUUUUCUGUAUGUUUAUACUAUCACAGCGUGGAAGUAUGUAUUAGCUGUGGGGUUCAACUUCACGGCUAUAACUUCUGCGCUACGAAAUGCAUGCUUCUGUGUAACAUUUUAACUGGUGUGUUUCAGCCUCUAGCGAGUUGUAUAAAUUUGACUUUCUAUUUAAAGUGAUCUAUAAUUAUAUAUAUAUAUAUAUUUUGUGAGCAAAAGCAUUUCUUGUACACAGAGAUAAAUGUGAAUCAUACGAAAACAAAUUUGAAGAUAGCUGUAAGUAGGCCCUUGGUCUCCUAUGUUCCCCCGGUAGAGCUCCAAGGAUAGUUCAGUGUAGGUUCCUCAACUAUUUAUUUUAAGCACAUGGCCAGUUUCCUGACCAGAGCCAUCAUGUGUUUGCUAGUUCCCAGUCUGUCACACAGGCGUAUGCUGUCUUUUGAAGAUUCUCUGACCAGCAUAGUUAUUUAAGUUUAAGUAGAGUUUAAGCAAGAACUCUGUUAAGGCAGUGGACUUCUGCUGUUUUUCAGCUUUAGUGGUCUGCUAAUUUAUGUGCACUGAGACCUUCAAGACUUUCAUCCUCAUCUGAGGAAAGUGCUCGAUUUAUCCCACCUCAGGAUCAAAGGUGGCUGGUACCGGCAUCUAAUAAUAAUCCAAAAUUUUCACCAAACCAGCACUGAUCACUAGAUAAAAGCAGGUACCCUGACAUUAGGGGCAAGCAUUGUACCUCAGGGCGAAGGGGACCUCUUAGUAGGUCUUACUUCUUUCCUAUUCUUCUGCUGCCUGUCUUUCCUCUGCUAUUCUCAUUACUUUAUGUUAUAUUGUUAUCGUUAUGCAGAAUCCUUCUCAACAGUGUCUUGCUCCUACCUCUAACUCGAACUUUUUCUACUUCUGUGUGUUUGUUUCCUAUCAUGAAUUUUCAAAUGAUGUUCACGCCCGUUUUGGGAACAAUUUAUGUCUUAGCUUUUCAUUGACUGUAAAUGUCUUUCAUAUUUUUAAUCUAACGUAUUUUGUAUAUUUCUGCUCUACCCUUUUGGGAUCAACACCACAAUUGAGGGUUAUUGCUUGGACUCUUCAUUCACUGCCACACAAGUGUUGACUGACAUUUUACCUUUUCCCCAUCAGUUUUUUUAAAGAAUGGUAUUCCUUAGAAGAAAAAAAAUCAACAUUUAUAUACUUGUUCAUCUGUCCUGUUCUCCCUAAAUUGAAAAAAAUCUGUAAGUGUCAGGCUGUAUCCAAGAUGAGAUGAAUAGGAAAUUUAUUGUUUCUUUUACUUGAAUAUACUUCCUGCCGAUACAAGUUUGUACAAACAGAUGUCAUGAAAUGAGUAUUGCUAGUUCUGAGUGAAAAAUCCUAUGUUUGGAGGUUUUUCGUUUUAAUUAUUCGACUGAUCUACUUUAAUGCAGUAUUUUUUUACACUAUGUGUCUGGACUUGUGAAUGAAUAUAUUCAAUUUUUGUCAUAUUCAUUGUGCCUGUCAGUCAAUACAUCUGUUCAGCAAACGGCUCCUUCUUUCCUUUCACACAUCUAUCGUUCUGAUCUCUCCUCCAUUUUUGUGUUUGUUAUUACUAAAACUAAAUAAGGGGCUAUUGUGUAUACAUUAUAGGUGUUGAAAAGACUUUUAAUCUGGUAAUCGUACAUACUGUAUAGAAUUUUUUUUAAAGGAUUGUAUGCACAUUCGUGGAAGCAUCAGGCUUUAUAACACAUUACAUAUGAGAUAGUCCCUUGGGUUUUCCAUGCAUGUACUGAAAUAUAGGGUAUAGUAGAAGGUGUGUUAAUAAGUCUGUACUCUGUCAAUGAAGAAUCUGUGCUGUGCAACGAUGAAACCUGGAGAACACAAUUUUUAUCUUUGUAUAACGCUGCAUGUGGAAUUUGGGGAAAAUCCAUUGAAUGGUUAGAACUUAACGAACAUUUUAUUGAACGUUGUUCUUGAAUAUAUUUUUUGACGAAUGCUAUUUGGCUAUGAAAUUCUCCCACACCCACCCUAUUUACAGGAUGUAGCGCCCUCUGACUUUACCCUUUUCCCAAAUCUGAUCGAGAAAUCACAGAGAAAUGUCUCCAUUGUGAUGGAGAUGCAAUAUCUGCAGAGGAGGAAAGGUUUGAGUCCUGUCCUAGGUCAUACUUUGCUCAAGGACUUUCAAACAUCUAACAAAGAUGGCCAGUGUGUCAACUUGCCGAAUGUAUGUGUAGAGAGAAGUAGCAUUGUGACUGUCAAAUCUCAAUUUUCUAGUUUACUUCUUUCAUAUUUAGGGUAAAGACUUCUUGACUGCCCCUCGUUUGGAAGGUAAUUAAUGUUUCACAAGUACAGGUCUCUUCUUGGGAGGGGCGUGGGGUGACAAUGAUCAUGUCGUGCAGUACAGUCCAUUUUUCAGAAGGUAUGACUUUCAACCAUGUAGAAAUAUCCUAUGACUGUCUGCUAGCAAUGUGACUACAAUGGGUACUCAGUUCAGAACAAGUCUGGUUACUAGUAUAGCCUUUUCUCCGCCUCCUGAAAAGCACGCAUGCCUGCUUGAAAAAGGAACACUCACUCUCACACACAGUUACAGCCUUUGGCUGAGAAGAUAAAUAUUGGUCCCACUUGUGGACUUGAACCAUAUCAGUCAAGUUCAGACAACUUGAUAUGAGAACGGGUUCAGCUGUUUGACUGUGAAUAGCUCUUUAAGACAAUGUGUUAUGGCAAAGUAUUUGGUGAAUAUCUUAAAGCAUCACUAAUGUCUUGACGAAACUUUGUACAAAUCUAUGAAAAAUGAGUGGUUGGUUUCUGUUCUUCUGAUGUGACCUGCUCCUUUUUCUUUUCUAUUUCACUAUUUCCCUAAUCUUAUCUCGUCCUGGCAAACUAUCGCUGUGGUGAAGACUCACAGGUUCUCUCUCCAAGAUGUUAAGUUCAAUGUUCGCCAUUCUGAACAAUCAGUCAUCCCUUUGUAUUAUAUACAAAUCAUUUGUUGUCUUUCAUAAAGAGCUUUUGUUUCUGUUUUUGCCAUAAUGUUUUUUGCGUAUGCUGAUGAAUAGUCACUCCACGUGUACUGAACACUGCCAUCACCGAAUCCUUUCAUAAAAGCAUCAUGUCCUCUGGUGCUAUAAGUCAGUCUCAUUUUCUCAACCAACUAUAAUUUUAUCUUUCUAUCUUCAUCUGUUCACCAUUCGUUAGUCUGGAUAUUGUGUAGGUACUCACAAACUUUAGGUCUAGCAGUAGAUAUAUAACAACGAGAGCUUUGUGUAGCAAACAUUUAUUACAUUAUCACAGUGAUGCAAAGAAUAGCCCGGCAUAUUAUUUGUACAUGUAUUACUGUAAUAAACAUACAACUUAAUACUGA